ACUAUCGUGGCAGCAGAGAUAUAAGUGUAGCUCGCUGGGACUCCGUGGCCAGCCGUCUGUCACUUUUACCGGGGACCAUUUGUCUGUCAUUACCGCGAAAUGGGAAAGACCGGAUUUAUUUUUUUGCACAGUUGCACUGCAUGAAUGCGUCGCGCAAUGCGACCGAGAUGAGCUGCCUUUGGGAGGAAAUAUUCAUGGUUCGGGACGGUUUUGUUGGUGUAGCUUGUUGCUAGCUCUGUGCUAGCUAACGUUACUUCGUAACGUAUUUGUUAAGGAUGCUACGGUGGAUACGACAACAGCUGGGCUUUGACCCCCCUCAUCAGAGUGACACCAGGACGGUUUAUGUAGCAAACCGUUUCCCCGAGCAUGGCCACUACAUACCGCAACGCUUUGCUGACAACCGAAUCAUCUCUUCCAAGUACACAAUUUGGAAUUUUGUCCCCAAGAAUCUGUUUGAGCAGUUCAGAAGGAUAGCCAACUUCUAUUUUCUUGUUAUCUUCCUUGUACAGUUAAUGAUAGACACCCCAACUUCCCCAGUCACCAGCGGCCUGCCUCUCUUCUUUGUGAUCACAGUGACUGCCAUUAAACAGGGCUACGAGGAUUGGCUAAGACACAAAGCGGACAACGAGGUGAAUGGAGCUCCGGUGUUUGUGGUUCGCAGUGGAAGUCUGGUGCAGACAAGAUCCAAGAACAUCAGGGUGGGGGACAUUGUUCGUGUGGCUAAAGACGAGACGUUCCCAGCUGACCUGGCGUUGCUGUCGUCAGAUCGUGGAGAUGGCACCUGCCACAUCACCACAGCCAGCCUCGAUGGAGAGACCAACCUAAAGACUCACUACUCUGUGGCAGAGACAGCAGUGUGUCAGUCGGUGUCCCAACUGGAGUCUCUGCAGGCUGUGGUGGAGUGUCAACAACCGGAAGCCGACCUGUACAGGUUCGUCGGUCGGAUUACGGUGACUCAGCAUGGAGAGGAGAUAGUCAGACCGCUGGGUCCAGAAAAUUUGCUGCUGCGAGGAGCCAGGUUGAAAAAUACCAAAGAGAUUUUUGGUGUGGCUGUUUACACAGGAAUGGAGUCCAAGAUGGCCCUCAACUAUAAAUGCAAGUCCCAGAAACGCUCUGCAGUAGAGAAGUCCAUGAACACCUUCCUAAUCAUCUACCUGGGCAUCUUGCUGUUUGAGGCCGUCCUCAGCACUAUCUUGAAGUAUGCCUGGCAAGCUGAGGACAAAUGGGACGAGCCUUUCUACAACCAAAAGACUGAACAGGAGAGAAACAGCAGUCCUAUCUUGAAAUUCAUCUCAGACUUCUUGGCAUUUCUGGUCCUCUACAACUUCAUCAUCCCCAUCUCGCUCUACGUUACUGUGGAGAUGCAAAAGUUCCUGGGCUCCUUUUUCAUUGGCUGGGAUUUGGACCUUUACCACGAGGAGAGUGACCAGAAAGCUCAGGUCAACACCUCUGACCUCAAUGAGGAGCUGGGCCAGGUGGAGUACGUGUUUACAGAUAAGACGGGGACGCUAACAGAAAACGAGAUGCACUUCCGUGAGUGUUCAAUUAACGGAACCAAGUACCGCGAAGUCAACGGUAAACUGGUACCAGAAGGAAUGACUGACGAUACACCAGAUGGUUCUACACCUCACCUGAUCGGUGAGGAAUUGUUAUUUCUCAAGGCAGUGUCAUUGUGUCACACGGUUCAGAUCAGCUACGACCAGCCAGACUGCCCGGUUGGAGGAGGAGACCCGUUUUCCCACGCAAACGGUUUCUCUUCCAAUCACAUGGAAUAUUACGCCUCUUCACCGGACGAGAAAGCUUUAGUAGAGGCCACAAAGAGGAUCGGAGUGACCUUCACUCGCAGCAGUGGAGAUACCAUGGAGAUCAAAACAUUUGGCAAAUCAGAGAAAUACAAACUGCUCCAUGUGUUAGAGUUUGAUUCUGACCGCAGGAGGAUGAGCGUCAUACUGCAGACUCCCUCAGGAGGCCAAGUGCUAUUCAGCAAGGGUGCAGAGUCGGCCAUCUUGCCUUUCACUACCAGUGGAGAGAUAGAAAAGACGAGACUGCAUGUUGACGAAUUUGCCUUGAAAGGUCUGCGAACCUUGGUUGUAGCGUGUCGCCACUUCAGCCCAGAGGAGUACAUUGAUGUGGACAGGCAUCUGAACGCUGCCCGCACUGCGCUGCAGCAGAGGGAGGAGAGGCUACAGGAGGCCUUCAGCUACAUCGAGAGAGACCUGCAUCUGCUGGGAGCAACGGGGGUUGAGGACAAGCUCCAAGACAAAGUCCAGGAGACCAUUGAGGCUCUGCGGCUGGCAGGGAUCAAAGUAUGGGUGCUGACAGGGGACAAACAUGAGACAGCAGUCAGUGUCAGCCUGUCCUGUGGCCACUUCCACAGGACCAUGAAUAUCCUGGAGCUUCUGCAACAACGUUCUGAUAACGAGUGUGCUGAGCAGCUCCGCAGAUUGGCCAGGAGGAUAAAAGAGGACCAUGUUAUACAGCACGGAUUAGUUGUGGAUGGGGCCAGUCUGUCCCUAGCGUUGAGGGAACAUGAGAAGCUCUUUAUGGAAGUGUGUAAAAACUGCUCAGCUGUGCUGUGCUGCCGUAUGGCCCCGCUGCAGAAAGCUAAGGUGGUGCGUCUUUUUAAAACCUCCCCAGAGAAACCCAUCACACUGGCUAUUGGGGAUGGAGCCAAUGAUGUCAGUAUGAUACAGGAAGCUCACGUGGGCAUAGGUAUCAUGGGAAAGGAGGGUCGUCAGGCCGUGAGAAACAGUGACUAUGCAAUUGCCAGAUUUAAGUUCCUGGCUAAACUUUUGCUGGUCCACGGUCACUUCUACUACAUUCGAAUAGCUACGCUUGUACAGUACUUUUUCUACAAGAAUGUGUGUUUUAUCACGCCGCAGUUUUUAUACCAGUUCUUCUGUCUGUUUUCGCAACAAACUCUGUACGACAGUGUUUAUCUGACACUGUACAACAUCUGCUUCACCUCGCUGCCCAUCCUGGUGUACAGUCUGUUUGAACAGCUGGUCCAUCCACACGUACUGCAGAAUAAACCUGGCCUGUACAGGGACAUCAGCAAGAACUCCCUGCUGUCUUUCCGGACGUUCCUGUACUGGACUCUGUUGGGUUUCUGUCACGCCUUCAUCUUCUUCUUCGGAUCGUACAUACUGAUGGGAGAGGACACCACGCUUAUGGGCAAUGGACAGAUGUUUGGGAACUGGACGUUUGGAACGCUGGUCUUUACUGUCAUGGUCAUCACAGUCACAUUAAAGCUUGCUUUAGAGACUCAUUUCUGGACUUGGAUGAACCAUUUUGUGACGUGGGGUUCGAUUGCCUUCUACUUCAUUUUCUCCCUCUUCUAUGGAGGCAUCAUCUGGCCGUUCCUCCACACCCAGGACAUGUACUUUGUAUUUGUACACCUCCUGUCCAGCGGUUCAGCCUGGUUUGCCAUCAUCAUCAUCGUCAUAACUUGCCUCUUUCCUGAUGUGGUUAAAAAGAUCUUCUAUCGACAUCUGCAGCCCACCGGCACACAGAAGAGUCAGUCUCUAUCAGCCCCCCAGGCGCAGGCCCUCAGCUGUGUGGAGUCCAUGUGCUGCUACCAACAUGGGCAGAGCGGCUGUUCCCGCCUGGCCAGCCUCCUGGAGCAAAUGACCGGGCAGUGCCAGGCCAGCACCAACCAUUGCCACGCAUCCAGCCGCUGUAACAGGUCUUGGAGUGACACGGAGAACUCUUAUUCCAACGAUCGAAGCAUCCUGACGCUUUCGCCCAUCGAGGCCACCCACUGCUGAUUCCCAGGGCCGCUGACUCUAACACGCAGAGCUGGGGGAGAGCUUCCACUUCCACACUUCCACGCAUAAUCACCCCAACCCCUGCCACCAUUUUAGAAACCUACUUCAGUUUAAGCUCAAUGCAUUCUCAGCUGGAUGCAACGCUGACGCAUCGUGUGAAACCAAAGGAUUCGCCUCGUUGCAAGCAGGCUGCUUCAUCCUUCACCAAUUUUUUUUUCCCCCGAGUGAAUGCAUUUCUAGUAGAAAGUUUACGAAAGACAUCAGAUAAGAGCUGCGACGUGAAAGUAAAUAAAGCAUGAAGUGUGGAGCAAGUCAGCAUUGCAUGAAGCCAACAUCUGUGGAGCUACUCCUGUAGGAAGAUCCAGUCAGCAUCUGAGCAGCAACAAUUAUCAGAGUCCAGCUGCUUACUCAGUCUCUGCGAAUCCUGCAGAAGUAUCUAAAAACAUAUUCAAAUUCAGGACCUUUUUUUUCUUUUUCUUUUUUAAGUUGAAGAAGACAUGUCAGCUCAAAGGUGCUGCCCUCUGAGAUCAGCCAGGUUACAUGAACUCUCAUGCAGCCAUUCAUUUUUCAUUUUCAGCACAGUUGCCAAACUUAGUUUUUCUUGCAACUGGCAUUAAAAAUGACUUUGUAAGUCUUACAUAUUUGUAGGCACAGAAUGAGGAUUCCUGACGAUCGGGACUGUCUGCUAGCUAAUGUCAGGCAGCAGCUGCUCAAAGCAUUGCAGCCUGAGGGCUGUAGGUGGUUUGGGCAUGCCGUUGACCUCAACGCAGGACUGAGGCUGCUUACAGACACCAGUCACUAGGAUUGACCAUGUAGCACCAGGACAGAAGCUCCGCAAAGUCCCACUUCAUUAGGAGUACAUCUCGGAGGUGUCUCUGUCGCUUCCACAAACUUCCUCUCUGAGCUGUCGGCCCCGCCGCACCUUCUUUUUCAUUCAGAUGGAAAGGGAAAAAGCUAACUACCUGUAGCUUUCAGAGCCCUGCUGGUUCUGUGAACAUCUAGACUUGUUUCCUUAGGAACUACAGUACUCCGUAAGAUGCUGUGCAAAGAGAUUCAUCUCUAACAUGGAACCAAAGACCAAAGGAUUCAGACUGGAGUGUUUAUUUUUGUGCCUGAUUGUACAUAAGCUUGUAUCGUUGUUAAGAAGACU